GCCUUUUCCUCCUCUUCCUCUUCUUAACCUCGCCCCUUGUACAACAAAUUCCGCGAGAGUUCCGCAAAUCAUGGCGGACUUUCUAAAGAAUAUUAUCGGGGGUAGUCAGUCUACUGCUACUCCUGUUCCAUCUGCUGAUUCUGAUUUCGCCGAUUUUGCCGAUGCGCCUUCUCCAGAGCCCGCAGCUUUCGAAUCUGCCACUUUCGGUAGUGCUUUACCGACUGACCGCCCAUACACAAAAUGGUACAACAUUCAUGAGCGUUAUACACUGAACGAUUUCCGCGCCGAGGGUGUUAUUUUGGUUAUAAUUGCCGUCAUAUUCACUCUACACUUUAUCGGCACGAGACUUAACCGAGCUAAGUCGAAAGCAUGGAUCAAGGCACAUGCCCCGAUCCUGACUAGCGAAUUCGCCGUUGUUGGUUUCGGCGGGACACCACAGAGGUCCGAACAAAACCCUGAGAAGUUGCUUAAGGCUAAGAGUCUGUUUGAAUACGCGACUUACGCGACUGGCCGACAGAAUGUCGCCUUCAUGGAUGUCAAGCUAUCGCUGAAGAAGCGCUUCAACCCGAUCAUGACCUUUUUAGAGACCACCUUAAGCUUCUUCUUCGACAGCUUCGGUGCUCCCGAGGACUCAAUCGAGGCCGUCAUCUACCCCUUCGAUGGUAAGGAGGCCCAGAUCGUGCCCGCCCUCCCAGGUGCUGCCGAGCUAAGAAGCAAGGACUCCAAGAGCUCUUUCGACGGGUUCGUUUGGGCUGUUGUCAACAAGGACAAGAUGAAGCAACUUCGAGAAGAGCGAUAUGACGUGUCUAUUACUUUCACCAAGGAUAACUCAAAGCUACCUAUCUGGGCAACUGUCAUGAGCGAAAGCGCCGAGGUCACCGAAGCCCUUCUGACUAAUGAACUUGCCUCUGCCAUCAAGCAGGCCGGUGAUCUGUUUGACUACAUUAUUGUCAGCGAUCAACCCGUUGACAAGCCCAAGAAGAUGGAUGAAACCAUCCCACGCAAGCGCCUCUAUCUACGAUACCGACUUCCCUCUUCUAACAACUAUGAUGACCUGGCGCCGUUGCUUUCCUACUUUGUGCGAAUUUCUGACCACCUGGCAUCUUCGGCUCAUUUCCGACCUGAAGUCCUACGAAAGAUCAAGAGUGUCAGAGACGAAAACGUCAAGCAGAUCCAGAAAGCUGCUGAAGAAGAGAAGGCCGAAGAGAGACAGGCCGAGCGUGAUAGGGCUAAGAAGGCGAAGCGCGAUGCGGAGCUAAAUGCCCUAGACGCUAAGGCGCAGAAGAAGUACCUUGAGAAGGAGAGGGAGAAGGAAUUACGCAAGUCGUCCAAGAAGCAGACAGUUCGAGCGUAGACGAAAGACGUAAAAACUGGGGCGGAGUCGGGAUUUCACUUCUGGCGAAUACUUAUAGGCAUAUAAGAUAUUUUAGGGGGAGCAAAGGGGGGAGGGGGUUGAAUGAGUGAAUGGAUAAGGACCGGGGGGGCGCAUCAAAAGUUGCAUAUGGUGACGAUUGAUUAGCUUGUAUAUGUAGGCGGACGAGGAAAAGAAAAUCAAGCCUAGCAUAGAGUAUACAUCUAUGGUGUAUGCCGGUGGGUUCUAUUAUAUAAUUGUACGAAACUUAUUUAUCAUCACCUUGCAAAAUAAUCCACGAUCGAAGU